GUAUAAAAAGCUCUUUGAAAAUUGCUGCUGCAGAUCAGGGCGCAUCAGCGGGCCGCAAGACAGCAAGAUCUCUCUCAAGUAUUGCCAGAGGAUUACCAAAUAAGGUUUGCUGAAGAUUUCGUCAUGAAGUUCCUCAUCCUAGCAGCAUGCGUGGCUGUGGCCACUGCUUUCACCCCUGCGGCUAAGCCAGUGUGCAAUGCUGACAAUAACGAAGGUGGAUCUCUUCUGCUGUCCCACGAGAACUAUUGCCAGCUGUUCUACUCUUGCAACGGUGACCAGCAAGCCUUUGAAAUGACCUGUCCAGAUGGCUACCUGUUUUCAUGGGAUCAAGGAUUGGCCAACUGUGUACCUCCCGAUAGCGUCACUGUAACUUGCCCUAACUGGAGGUGUUUAUCCUCUGACAUCGGCAAUCGUUUCCCUGAUACAUGUUGUUCCAAAUACUGGGAGUGCACCAGCGGAGGAAGGUAUCAACAGAGGAGUUGUCCUGUUGGGCAAACCUUCAACUCAGUUACUGAGAACUGCGACUUUAACACUUGCACUAGCAACAGCUACUGUAUUGACAACAUCCGGCCGAGCUCCGAAACUC